AUGCCAGAACCAGGUGAAGACGCCCAUUACUUGCCGCUUUUGUCUAUGGUCAAAAAAACGGCAUCGACAGCAGAUAAGCUGAAAGAGAGGGUUGUGAACGAUGCGGGAGCGCGCUCCAAGGAUGAAGCGAGCUUGAAUGACGUGUUAUUCCAGGGCGAGAAUCUCAUUGCGGACAUCUUGUUAGUGCUCCUCAGGUUUAGACAAUUACCGAUCGUAAUUACGGCGGAUAUCGAGAAGGCGUAUCUGCACUUCGAGAUAAUGGCAGAACAUCGGACGUAUCUAAGAUUCCUAUGGCCACUGGGCAUCGGAAAAAAUCCAGGUGCGCCUAUGAAAGAAUUCCGAUCAUGUAGAUUAUCAUUCGGGUUAAUAUCAGCCCCGUGGUUGCAUUGCGCGGGCAUAAAGCACCACUUAAAUUCGGAGAUACGGGCUAAACCAGAACACAGGGAAUUGCUCGAAUUCGUGAAACAACACUUCUACGUUGAUGAUUUGCUCGUAGGAGCGGAAUCGGUGGAAGACGGGAAAGAUAAAGUUGCGACUUUAGUCGAGGUCUUCAAAACAGGAUGCUUUCCGCUCAAGAGAUUCGCGACAUCCUCUAGAGAGCUCGGCGAAUAUAUUCAAGACAAAUAUCCGGAGGCAACGGUGGCUUUCGGAGAAGAGAACGCGAAAUUUCUCGGGGUGAGAUGGAACCAGAUCGGUGACUCGAUCCAUGUCGAUGUCUCGACGGGGUUGCUCUUCUUCGGAAACAGCAGAGCCACGAAGAGGGCUAUUCUCAAAGGAGUAAGCCAAGUGUUCGAUCCCUUAGGCCUGCUGGCUCCGAUCACACUUGGCUUCAAAUUACUGCUGCAGCGACUAUGGCAAACAAGGAUCGACUGGGACAGUCUGAUCGAAGGAGAAGAAUUGGCAGAAUUCGAAUCGAGCAUAGAAAAAUUGAAAAGGGCUACAUGCCUUAAUUUCGAGCGUCGAUUCAUAGAUUCAGAGGUCGGGGGCAGCACGGAACUACAUGUAUUCUGUGAUGCGAGUCUUACGGCUUACGGUUGCGUGGCAUACGCUAGAAACUUCCAGGAGAGCGGAAGAAUAUCAACCACGUUGAUCAUCGCGAAAGGAAGGGUGGCUCCCCUGAAGGGAGAUUGGUCGAUUCACAGACUAGAACUUCUCGGAGCGAUAAUCGCGGUGAGAAUCGCCAAAAAGAUACAGCAGGCAUACCUGGGAGAGUUCUCGGUGGUCAAAUUCUGGUGUGAUAACGCAUGCGUGCUAGCUUGGAUCCGAGAUCGUCCCGAUAGAUGGAAGACCUUCAAGGAGAAUAGAAUCAUUGAGAUCCAGCAGGGAACGAAAGCAGAGCAAUGGAAUUACAUCAGAUCGGCCGAGAAUCCGGCAGACCUGCUGAGUCGGGCGUCGCUCCUAGAUACGGAGGAGCUCAGAAGCUUCUGGCUUUUCGGACCAGAAUGGUUGCGAUCGGGGGAAAAUCCGCGAAGUCACGGCCUGAACGACGUCUCGGCAGAGAGAGAAGUCAUACACGAACGUAGAGCUCAGUGCUUCGUCGGAGCAAUCUCAGAACGAACUUCGAGAGAGACAAUCGGAUUGAAACCGUUGUCGUCCUGGCCGAAGGCGGUACGCAUUGUAGCAUACAUGCUGAGGUGGAGACAGCGAAACAGCGAGGGCACUCCGAGAGAUGGUUUGGUGAUAGGUGCGGAUGAAUUCCAAAGAGCAGAACUAUCGAUCAUCAAGAAUAUUCAGGCUUGCCAUUUCGCAACGGAAUUGGAUUCAGGCAUGAAGGAUCUCUCAAAAAAUAGCCAGCUCUAUCAGUAUAAGCCUUUCUUGGACGAUGAUGGAAUCGAAGCAUUCCAGGCAUAUUGCAGAGGUGUAGGCAAAGCAAUAACGAGUUGCAAAGUAUGCGUAAAAUACAGGGCUCAACCGGCGGUGGAGUGCGUUCCACCAUUACCUAAAUUUCGAAUCGAAACCGCGCCUGCUUUCACGGUAGCUGCGGUUGAUGCAGCGGGACCGUUCCCAGUCAGAUCGAAAGAGGGGAUAUUCCCUGCGCACAUAAUGCUCUUUUGCGAUCCAAUCUCGCGGGCAGUCAGGCUAGAAUUGGUGCAGAAUCUAUCGACCUACGAGUUUCUCCUUGCGAUGAGAAGAUUUUACAACAGAAAUCCAACGGUCAUGAGAUUCUUUUCCGACAACGCGGCGUCAUUCCGAAGAGCGGCAAAGGAAAUCAAAUGGCUAUUCGAUCUUGCGAGAUCAGAGGAAACUCAAGAAUUUCUGUCGAAGAACAGAAUAACAUGGGAAUUUAACACCGAGAGAGCGCCGUGGCGUGGAGGCUUCUACGAAAGGCUUUUCCGAACGAUCAAACAGCCGCUGAGGAAAAUAUUGGGGAGAAAUUUACCGUCAUUCAGAGAACUAGAAACAGUCCUCACGGACAUAGAAAAAAUGGUAAACGACAGACCACUGACUCAUGUAGGCAACGAUCCGAAUGAGGUGCUGCCCCUCAGACCAUCGGAUCUGCUGUAUGGAGUCCAGGCGAGACCAGCGUUACCAGAGACGAUGGAAAUCAUCAAUAGCGCGGAGCAUGCUACGGCAGAAGCAUUGACGACCAGAUGGAAGCAUCAGCAAAACAUUAUGAAUGAUUUCUGGAAACGAUUCCGUAAGGAAUACAUUCAACAUUUGCGAACAGCGCACAUGAGCAAACCGGUCAGGGAACGUCCCAUCAAAAUCGGAGACGUAGUCCUCGUAGAUGAUCCGGCAGCUUCGCGAAGCUAUUGGCCAAUGGGGAGAGUAACGGAGUUUUCUGGCCGGGAGGGGCCGGAUGGAAAGCGUAGGACCUGCAUGGUCAGGUUACCAUCCGGAAAGUCUCUGCGGAGGCCCAUUCAACUAUUAUACCAACUCGAUAUAGCCCAGUAUUAA